CCAACCCUACCCUAGGGUUUCAGAAUCUCACUUGCUCCUCUGCCGUCUCGAAAAUGCCUAAGCAAAUUCAUGAGAUUAAGGAUUUCCUUCUUACGGCAAGAAGAAAGGAUGCACGGUCAGUGAAAAUCAAGAGGAGCAAGGAUGUUGUCAAGUUCAAAGUUCGGUGCUCAAAGUACCUCUACACUUUAUGUGUCUUUGAUGCCGAGAAGGCCAAUAAGUUGAAGCAAUCUCUUCCUCCAGGCUUGAGCGUGCAGGAUCUUUAGAUGUAAUCUUUCUGUGGUCAGCUGGUAUUCAAGUUUUGGCUUACUAAAAUUGCAAUUUUUUUCUUUUCUGAAUGUUAUUCUAUCGUUAGUUUACGGCUUUGUAUGGAUAUGUUACCAUUUUGGUUAUAAGACUUGUUGGUACGAGUUGAUGUGAAAUUUGCAUUGUUCUUAAACAAGGUUUGAUGGAUAGUUUACAUGGA